AAAAAAAGAAAAAGGAAAAAAAAAAAAAGAAAGAAACCAGAAACCAACACAUCAGUCUGAGGAGAUUCAGUUGUAAUGUAUUCAGUGACUGUUCCAGUACCAGUAGGUGAAGAAAAUAAUGGACAAUAUAAGAAAGCUACUUUUUUCCUUUUUCUUUCUGGGGCCAUAUUGCUCUGUGGUGGAUUCUUGCUUUCAGUUUACACCCUACUGUCAUGCCCUUUUGAAACCUUCAGUGACUGUAGUGCAAUCCUGAAGGCUUCUGGGCCUAUGCUGGGUGUAACUGGAUUGCUUUGCGUUUUAAUUGCAAGAUCAAGGGCCAGGCUUUAUAGAAGCCAAAGACAGUUGCAAAAUGAGCAAAUGUGUCACCUUUUUUGUUGUCGAGGGAACUGCCAGUUUGUCCAGUUUCUCAUCUUUGGAUUCCUGUUUUUGACAAGUGGAAUGCUGAUUACCAUCCUGGGCAUUUGGGUCCCUGGCUGCAGCCGUGGCUGGCGCAGUAUACAGCUCAACCAGACUAGCAGUUCUGACGGGGACCUCCAGGGCUGCGGAUUACUGUCAUUUCAAAUCCUGGGUCCCUUCAUUGUGUUUACUGGGUUGUGUUUCUUCGUGAUAGCUCAUGUUAGAAAGAAGCAAAACUUAAAUCUCAAUGAAGAACCUUCGGAAAAUGAAGAACGUACUCAGAGCCCUGAAUCUUUUCAGGUUACACUAGAUGAUGCUGUGUUGAUGUUCCCACCUCCACCACCACCAUAUUUUGCUAACCCUCUGUCUUCAGCUGCUACACGUUGCCCUACGUCAACUGCUUCACCUGCACCUCCACCAUACCAUUCCAUAUUCAGUGAUGGAGCGCAGUUUGCGGAUGAUCAAAGAACAGUUGCUGUUAGAGAUGAUGAAACUAUAUAUACAAUUUCUGGGUGCAGGUCACCUUUGGGUAUCUCCCCAGUGCAGUUUUCCUUCUCUGAACCACCUCCAGGCUACGAAGAAAAGACAUCAGUGGAAACUAAUGAAUAUUCUCUUUCUUCUCCUCCUUCAUCUUCUUCUGUAGUGACUACUGACACCAGCUCAUAGAGUGCUGUCAGGUAGACCGAAUCUUCAGAUGAAAUUGUACACUCAGAUUUAUGAUCUUUAAAUUUAUUUACAUUUUCUAAUAAAAUCAGUAACAUUG